UGAGAACUAAGCUAGACUCGAGACAGCAAUACUAGAAGUUGGAUUCAGUUCACAUAUCGGGAUUCGGGAAACUUCAUAUUAUUCAGCGAGGAAGAGCCUCUAUAUUUGCUGAGUUCGAUAUCGUCUUCAGGUAACCUCAAGAGCUCAUUUUGAAGAGGUUAUUUGUAUCCAAGUCCCAGAAAAUUGAGAGGGAGUUGAUACGAAGUGAGUUGUCUUUGUUGCAUAGAUCGAAGAUGUACCCUCACAAACCAGUAAAGAGCAUCCACCCGUCUUCGAGAAUGCCAAUGCCCAGCUCUGACAGGCAUUUGUUUCUACAAGGUGGGAAUGGCCCCGGGGACUCGGGCCUUGUCCUCUCCACCGAUGCUAAGCCCAGGCUAAAAUGGACGCCUGAUCUUCACGAGAGGUUCGUGGAGGCAGUCAAUCAGCUCGGAGGUGCAGACAAGGCUACCCCAAAAACGGUUAUGAAGUUAAUGGGGAUUCCGGGACUUACUCUUUACCACUUGAAGAGUCAUCUUCAGAAAUACAGGCUUAGCAAGAAUCUGCAUGGGCAAGCAAAUAAUGCAACCAACAAAAUAGGUGCAGCUCCUCUUGCCGGAGCAGACAAAACGCCAGAACAAAAUGGAGCUCAUGCAAGCAGUUUGAGCAUUGGCCCUCAACCCAACAAAAGCAUACAUUUCAGCGAAGCCCUGCAGAUGCAGAUUGAAGUGCAGAGAAGGCUCCACGAGCAGCUAGAGGUACAGCGGCACUUACAGCUCCGAAUAGAAGCACAGGGCAAGUACCUCCAAGCGGUUCUUGAGAAAGCGCAGGAGACUCUGGGGAAACAGAACUUGGGUUCAGCCGCAGGCCUGGAGGCUGCUAAAGUCCAACUUUCCGAACUCGUGUCGAAAGUCUCCACUCAGACCCUAAACUCCGCAUUUCCAGCCCUGAAGGAACUUCACGGCCUGUGCCCGCAGAUGAAUCAGCCCAACGACUGUUCAGUUGACAGCUGCUUAACAUCUUGCGAAGGAUCCCAAAAGGAAGACCCCGUGAUGGAGCGGAUUGAGCUCAAGUGGGGCCCUCCAGACUCGAGGGGUAAUGCAGUGUUUCUCUCCCCGAACCCUAACGAAACAGCUGACAGGAGAGUGUUCUCCAUCACAGGGCAGCCGGGUUCAAACACCAAUUCCAACAAUCUGUCCAUUAGCAUCGGGCUUAAGGGAGGGACAAAGGGGCCAGGUGAGGACGAGGAUUUCCUAGACAGAGUGGAGAGUGACAGAAUGCCUUACUUCGGGACUAAGCUGGACCUAAAUGCGCACCAAGAGAACGAGGCCGCUUCUAGCUGCAAACAGUUUGAUCUGAACGGCUUUAGCUGGAGCUGAGAAUGAGUACCGCUUAUCUAAGCACUAGCAACAUCCUAGCUGUCUGGAGGAGAACGUUUCUUCGAUUUUUAUGUUCCUGCACCCAUGAUAGAGGCUUGUAGCCAGUGAGUGCAGGGAUAUCGGGAAUAACUCGAUCGCACCAGAUAAGAGCCUGAUGAUGGUGGUGUUUUACGGUCACGGUUGUAAGCAGUGCCGGUGCCAUCAGUAGUGAUGAAUGCACCUUAACAAUCCCGUUAUCAUAAAAUUUGAGUAACUGCAGAAACUUCUCUACGACUAACUGAAUUAACUGUAUUGAUGGAUAUGAGAGCAAAAGAUUAUUUUUCUUGCA